UCAUUAUAUAUAAUAAUCUUUUCCUCCUAAUUAAAAUACAAAAUUAUCCUCCAUAAAGACAAAACCUUUCGUCGUUAAUCCUCUGCCACGCGCCGAGCUCGCAAUAUAAUGGAAAUCUAUGAUCUACGAGAGAUCUAAUCAGAAUCCUACUUGGCCACACAUAAAGUUUCUAUUUUUUGCUUUCCUUAAUUUUGGAGACGCAGGCAGGAGGAGGAGGAAGAUCAAUGCUAAUCACUAGUUUGUAAAAAAUCAUCAGAUUGUAAUUCUCUGGGCUCGUGGAUGGAACCAUCUCCUCGGGAUUGAUUCUAGUACUUCUUAAUUAUGGAGGAGCCUUACGAGACACGCAACAACAACGGUGAAGCAUAUCAGAUGGUUAGAUAUCAUCAGGGCUACAACAGAACAUCAUCAUCACCAUUGUUGGAUUUGAGAGUGUUCUAUGUCAGAAUCAGCAACUUCAAGGCGGAUGAUUCCACACCUGAGGUCCUCACCCUCACCCACAUCCCUCUGGAUCCUGACUCGCUCCUCGAGAUCAACGGUGUUCGGUACUCUCAAGGAGUUUCCUCUCAGCUGAGGAGAGACCGUGUUGAUAAGAGAUCAGAAGCGGUUACUUUCAUCAGCACAGACAAUAUCAGGCUAUCUGGUAGCGUGAGGUUUGAGGUGUAUGACAGAGAUGAGCUUGUUUUGUCUGGGACUUUAGAGUUGUCUGGUAGUAAUGGUUUCACAGGGGAGUCUGUUAAGCAUGGCGUGAAGCGGUGGGGGAUGAACUGUGAAGCUGAGAUCACUGCAGGGUGUGGUUUCUUGAAGGAGAAGAAGAAACACAUUGGUUGUUCUGAGAUGUCAUCAUCUCCGUUGUUGCCGACUGUUGAAGUGUAUGUCACUGGUUGCUUCUCGGGAACACCUAUCAUCUUGACCAAGACGCUUCAGCUUGGUUUUAGGAAGAAGAUGCAUAAUAGAGUGGCUGCGUUAGAUUCGAUUCCUGAGUAUGAAACCGGCGAGACUCAUAAAGGCAACUCGUCUGAGCUUGAUUUUCAGGCAACAGAAUACGGAAACUAUAAACAAGACUAUGAAGGAGAAUACGGAGACAUGUAUAUGGGAAGAGAGUACGCAGAUGUUGAAGAUGGCGAAAUGUCGUGGUUCAAUGCUGGUGUGAGGGUUGGCGUUGGAAUUGGUCUUGGCGUCUGUGUAGGUCUCGGCAUUGGUGUUGGCCUUCUGGUGCGAACCUAUCAAUCAACCACCAGAAACUUCAGAAGAAGACUCAUCUAGUAGUCUCACUUAAACUUGCCUCAAGCUUCUUGGCCUUCUCUGUCUCUCUCUCUAACUCCACUCCAACGCAAAUCUCUAAACUUAAUAGAGUUUAAUAGCUAAUACAUUUGUGUAGUAUGAUAAUCUUUCUUCAUGUGUUUGUUUUUUUCUCUCUGUGUGCCUUCAAAUUUUGAAAGAAACCAUUCUCUUCUUCUU